ACACACACAUGCAUAUACAUCCCUGGACUUUAGCUCUGGAUUGGGAAAGAAGACCUCAACCCAAGAAGAGACAAACAAACAGAGGAACAAGGCACAAAACUGGACAAGAAUAUCUUACUUUUACAACUGGAUUCAAAUGACUUCUAGGAGUGGAUGAAUAGAAUCCAAAAAGUGCAGAAGAGGACAAGGAGACCAUGCUACCAAGUGGAGGAACUUUGACAAGCUCAUUUCAGUAGGAAGGCUUGCUGUCAGCCUGUUUCCUGCAGUGCAGAUUGGUCGUCGGUGACAUCCAGAGGACCUGCUGCGUGUGCCAUUUCCCUCCCUUCUCUGCAGGACUCCCACCCUCUUGUCAGCCCUCCACCGGGACAUCUCCUGAACAGCAGCAUGCCUACAGCUUGCGCAAGGUGCACCUUGGGAGUCUGACCCACCAUGUGCAGAUGGACGCCAUCCGAGGCUGGUCUCUGUCCUGAACCUGCCCUUGGCACUACAGCCGCCGCUGCAGCCCCUGCCGGGCGACUCCCUCCCCUGCCCAGCGCGGCCUCCCUUUGCCUAACAUGCUUCACCCUGCUCCUUCUCACCUCUGGCAUUGCCACAGGGGCCUGUCCUCCCGGGGUAGGGCAUGAACCCCUGCAUGUGCUGGCAAGUGGCAUCAACUGCUCGUGGACACUGGAAAGGCACACUCGCAGUUACAAUCACCUAGAGGGCGACGUCCGGCUACGGCGGCUCUACUCCGCCAACAAGUUCUUCCUCUGCAUUGACAAAACAGGCAAGGUGGACGGCACCCGCCGGAAAAACUAUGCUGACAGCCUGAUGGAAAUCCGAUCUGUCAGUGUGGGAGUUGUCGCCAUCAAAUCUGUCAGCACUGGGCUGUACUUAGCCAUGUCCAAGAAAGGCACGCUCUUUGGAUCGGUGAAGUACAACCCAAACUGCAAGUUCAAGGAGCGCAUUGAGGAGAAUGGCUACAAUACGUACGCCUCCCUCCGCUGGAAGUAUGGCGGGAGGCAGAUGUUCGUUUCACUGAAUGGGCGAGGGAAGCCGCGGCGAGGCCACAAGGCUAGGAGAAGACACCCGUCUACUCAUUUUCUACCCAUGCUCCCUUCCUAGCUGCCCAAGCCUGAACAGUGACCAGCAACUGGCUGGCUCACCACUGCACCUCACAUUAGUGUUGUAUGAUAUCAUUAUUUUUAUUAUUCCAUCCUCCUGUCUCAUGUAUUUGUUGGGGUUUGUAAUACUUGUGAGCUCACAGCGCUAUAGAGGUAGCAUUAAUAUGUGCUUUAACUUAUUUUCUCCGUCAUGUAGUGUAAGGUCCAAUAAUGCAAUCCAGUAGUUCUGCUGCCCUCUGAGGCCUCUAUCCAGUGAUGCUGUCUUUCUGUUAAAGCAAGUCUGCAGCUCAAGUAUAAGCUCAUCUGAACGAGGUUGCUGUGCUUACUUUAUCGGAUUCACCGAUUUCUCUUCAAACUGGAUACAGUGUGCUGCAUUUGGGCUGUAACACAGUGGACUGAAAAGGGAGAGCGAACAAACAUGCGGGACACUGAUUUGUCAUGUAGCUUUUUCUGGACAUUCAGCUUCAUAAAGAAUGGAGGCAUCUGGGAGAGGACGCUCAAGUAAAGAUAAUCAUGAUUAGUACAAAAAUAGAGGGGAAAAAAAUCUUUUGAGACAGCUCCGUUUCUGUUGUUUUUGUCUUCAUUGUUACUUGGGAUACACUGUCACCACUGGAUAAGAGACCUGCACCUGCACGAGCUUUGUAUAGAUGACAUAGAAAUCUCAUAUUGACUCCAACGCAUGGAUUGAUGUACAGUUCGCACUACAGCAAAUGUCUCUACUAGAUUACAGGAACUCAACAUGAAUUAAGCUAACUACUGGGGUCACAUGCUGGAUUUCCUGAGAUGAACUUUGUGUGUUUGUGUAAGCGUGCUUCUGUCAGCCUGCCUCUCCCACCCAAUACCCCACAACCACUAGCUUAGAGGUCAAUACUGGAAACAAAAUGCAAUGCAACACAUCUAGUCUCCGAUUCUUGGUCCAGAAUUCAAUAGUGAAAUAAUUAAUAAUCCCUUUGAGUCAUUUAAUGCAUUUUAGAGACUGUAGGUUCAGAAUACAUCACAUAGCUGCAACUUAAACAAUUAAUUUUGUAUACAGUAGUAACUGGUUUAUUGCAUAUUGCAUCUAUGUCGUCUUGCUAACAUUUUCUCGACAAAAAAGCUGUUGCAAAUAGAACAUUUAAUAUAUUUAAAACUUUUUUAUACUCUAUAACUGUU